AUGGAGGAAACCGAUGAAAAUUACGUUCCUGAGGAUAUCGUUACGGAAGCGGAAGAAGUAGCGAAGCGACGUAGAUUUUGCCACAAAAGUCCAAAAGAUGCUUACGACAAAGAGUUCAAAAUGUUUCAGUCUUGGAUGAAUUCACGGAAGAUAAAAGGUUUCGAUGGAAACCGUCACGGUAGAUGGAAGUCCUCGACAGUAGCAGAAGGAUACCUAGAAGAAUCGGUGCAUAACAAAAUACAAAUUGCAGAAAGAAUACAAGGUUCUAAUAUGUCGGCGUCUUCCAAUAACACUAUCAGCAGCUGUACCGAUAUGGGAGCAUCUGGUUCCAAUGAACCAACGAAUUUUACAAUUACUUCAAAUUCGAAAGAACCGUUAGCAUUUGCCUUCAAUCUCUAUAUCAAUGUGAAUCUUGCUUGCAGUACUCGUUAUCUAGAGAACAUCAGACCGAAGGUUCUGGCGAGAGCUGCUAUUAUCGAAUUAGACUACAGUGCUGGGCUACACCAAGAUAACGCUUGUGACGGACUCAAAAACACCGUAUGUCCACUAGUCGAAAACGAGAAAAUACAGUACGGACUCAGUCUAAAGUUAGAAACCUGGUUUCCUAAGGUAAGUCAGCUCUAA